GCCCGUCUACACACUCGUCGCUAUCUAAAUUCAAAGUUCGGCCAUUAUGCCAUCCUACUCCUGGUGUCCCUCGACUGCGCGUGUAUUUUUCUCGAAUUCAUCAUCCAGAUCCUCAGCUGCGAAGGGAGAAUUUCCGAACCCAGAGGUCACGUCACCGAGGAAGCAUUAGGUAUCAUUGGUCUGGUCUUUUCCUGCUUGUUCAUGCUGGAACUGUUGGCGAGUAUAUGGGCUUUCGGAUUCCACUUCUUCCGAUCCAAGUUCCACUGCUUUGAUGCGACUGUCAUCAUAGCGAGCUUCGUCAUAGAUGUCCUUCUGCGUGGCAUUCUCGAAGAGGUCGCUUCUCUGGUUAUCAUCCUGCGCCUCUGGCGUGUCUUGAAAAUCAUGGAAGAGUUGAGCGUGGGUGCUCAAGAGCAGACUGAAGCACUUCGUGAACAAAUAGAACAGCUCGAGCAAGAAAAGUCGCAGUUGGAGGCUGAACUGACCAGG